AUGGCCGGCAUUUUUCGUCUGCUCCGAAUGCAAUACACUCCCCCGACGGACCCAGUACGGGUAGGGGUAUCCUUUGCCGGUAAAACCGUGGUUCUGACUGGCGCAACGACGGGCCUGGGAUUCGAGGCCGCUAUCAAGUUCUUGAAUCUCGGCGUGGAGUCUUUGAUCAUCGGCAGCCGCAACCUCGAACGGGGUCAGGCAACCAAAGCCGUGCUGGAGGAACGCACCGGCCGACGAGAUGUGGUCCAGGUCUGGGAGCUGGAAAUGAACAGCUUCCAGAGUGUUAAAGACUUCGCGAGUCGGGUCAACAGGGAGGUUAAACAAUUAGACAUUGCAUUGCUCAACGCCGGCCUAUGGAACCGGGAGUAUACCGUGUCGCGCGAGGGUUGGGAAGAAACGCUGCAGGUCAACACACUAUCCACAUCACUGUUGGCGCUUCUACUUCUACCCAAGCUGAGAGACAGCUCGUCCACGUCAAGCCCGGCGCAAUUGACGGUGGUGUCCAGCCAACAGUUUGUCCGCGUUAAGGCAGCCACCCUCCGCACGAACGGGCCACUGUUGGAGCACCUGAAUGGUUCGGAGGAAUUUGUUGGCCCAAGACAAUACGGCGCUUCGAAACUUCUUCUCGAGUACGUGCUGAAAACUGUGGCGAACCGGAUCCGAAAUGAGAACGGAACGCUUCCGGUCAUCAUCAAGACAGUCAGUCCGGGGUUCUGCGUGUCGUCACUGGGGCGGCAAUAUAAACGCUUCUAUGAACGCUGGCUGGUUUGGUUGGGGCACAAGCUAUUUGCUCGCACGACGGAGCAGGGGAGCCGCUCGCUAGUCAGUGCCACUUAUCAGGCGGCCGAAUCGCAUGGAAAAUGCUGGCGAAGCGAUGGAUAUUUGGAGGGACUUUCUCCGGUUUCUUUUGAGCUACAGACUCUCACCCCUCCAUCUGUUACGUCAGCUGUCACGGCCAUGGCUUACAACAAGUCCUACAACCCCGAUGCGCUGCCUGCACAUGCAGAGCCUGAACAGGUGGCUCAGAUGAUCGGUGCCAUGCAAGUUGGCCCCUCGCAGCAGCAGAAACCCCAUCGGCCGUCUCCCAAUCCCUCCUCCAGCGGCGUCCCGCCUCGAGUCCCCGUUUCCGGCGCCCCAAACGCCCAAUUCCAAUCCGCACCGGGGUCGCGCCCUCCAAAUAACAAUAAGCCGCUACCCGCGGGGCCCCAGCAGAAUCACCAUCAAACGCACCCAUUGCAUCCGUCGCCCCCUCCCCAGAACUACGGGUUCGGCCCUCCCCCGUCCCAGCCAGUGCACAAUCGCCCUCAGCCCACGUCGCGUCCCCCUCGAUCGCCCAAUCCACCCCCGUUGGGGGUCCCGGACGAUGAUCCGCAGCAACUUUUCCCCUUGUUUCGCGCCGCCAACUCAUCCCACUCCGGGUCGCUCACCGAGAUGGAGCUGGGCUCCGCUCUGGUCAACGGGGAUUACACUUCGUUUCACCCGCGGACGGUGAAGAUGAUGAUCCGGAUGUUCGACCGCAAUAGCAGCGGGACCAUAUCCUUCGACGAGUUUGUGUCGCUGUGGCGCUACUUGGCUGCUUGGCGCGAGCUUUUUGACCGAUUCGAUGUCGACCGCAGCGGUCGCAUUAGCUUGCAGGAAUUCGAAAAUGCACUGGCUGCCUUCGGAUACCGCCUGAGCCAGCCGUUUGUCACGGUGUUGUUCACAACCUUCGAGGCGAAGGGCCGGCAGAUGAACGGGCCUCCCAAGGGUCCGCCUUCGACGGGGAUGAGUUUCGACUUGUUCGUGCAAGCGUGUAUUAGUCUGAGGCGCAUGACGGAUGCAUUUAAACGAUAUGAUGACGAUCGUGAUGGCUAUAUCACAGUGAGCUUUGAGGAGUUCUUGACGGAAAUUCUACAGUUACAGGAUUAG